AUGUCCGAGCAUUCAAUUGUUGCUGGCCAAACCCUGAGCAGCCAGUCACAGGCUGCAAUCGAACACAUCUAUUCUUCUGGUGAUCGGAUGAAGAACGACAAACCAUUCAAGAAAAGAAAGCAAAGAAAGCCAUCCUCGGCGAUUGUUCGGCAUAAUUUAUGUUUUCCCAGUGAGGAUGAAGAGCCGGGACAUGAGGAGCGCACUUACAACAACCCUUUCAUGGAUUGUUCAAGCAUGGCCGAAUACCUAGAUGUCCUGUCAGUUCAUGACCGGUGGAAGGAUUGUCAAAGAUUGAAGACAAUGGACCAGCAGACGGCAGACAACUUCCAGCCCUUAGACUUGGGAUUUUCAUUGGCUGAUAAUGACUCGAUGUCCGACAUGCAUGCUCAACAAGGGUCUGACAUCUUGGAUAUGCAAUUUCCCACCUUGGAUGAUCAUGACCAGUCAGAUGGUGAGACAUUGGACCUAGGAUUUCCUCCUCUAGACGUCAGUGAUCCCUCCAGCAACACAGAAUACGGCACUUUGGAGAUGGGUUUCGACACAUAUCCGGUAGAUGAUGUUCCAGACAUAGGGAACAAUAUUCAACCGGCAGAAAACCCUUUAGAGAUGGUCGGUGUCAGUCAACCGGAUCCCAUCGGAUUUGUCAUUCAGAGGGCUGUUGGUGAUUUGCAGAUGGCGAUGCACCGGUUGGAGAUUGACAGGGCUGGCAUUGCAAUGUUGCCGGACGAAACCUUUGCGAGACAGCGAGUUCUUGAGUGCAUUGAAGAGUUAUUGCUGGCAUGUCGACUGAUAUCGAUAGCUCAACUUUCAACGUGA